CAUGUUAGCCGCUGCAGCAGCGAUAGUAAAGCCGGCAAAAUUCGUGGAGGAGCCGCCGGCCCUCCUGUGCCCCGUGUGCGGCCGCGUGUUCUCCGAGCCGGUCAUCUCCGUCACGUGCGGACACACCUUCUGCCGGGAGUGUGUCGGGGCCUUGAUACGAGAAGGGAGACGCUGUCCGGCGGACAGGGUGGCGUGCGACUCGGGCCAGCUGGUGCUCAACAGGGCCGUCAUGGGACAGAUCCACGACCUCAAGAUCUACUGCUGCCACGGGCUCCUCUCCAGGAACGGAGGGAAAACGUGGGAGACGGAUACUGAUGGGUGCAAGGAGGUUGUGGUUCUAGGCAGGCGAGAGGAACACGAGUCCAAGUGCCAGUUUGCAAAGACGGUGUGCCCCAUUGGAGGGGAACUGUGUGGGGUACUAAGAGUGAACCAGAUGGACGUGCACGUGACUUCUUGUAGCAGAGUGCCCUGUCCCUUCAGCAACUUUGGGUGUAUGUACCAUGGAACCAAUGUUGGUGUGACGGAGCACAAGUCAAGCUGUAGCUACAAGGACGAGUCCCAGUUGCUGAUCAUCACCAUGCGAGAGCUAAAACUGGUGAAAGAGUCAAACCAGGAGCUGCAGUCUUCCAACAGAGAGCUCCAGCAGUCACUGGGAAAGGCCCUCAAGUCCAUCGACAGACUGGUGGCUGAGAGGACAGUUCAACUGGAGCAACAGGCACUAGCCAUAACGGCCAUCACUUCUCGUAUGGAGAAGAUGGAAGAGAAAAUGGAGGGCCUGACGCUGCGCAGCGACAAGGUGGAGGAGACACUGCGUUCAUGGACGCCGCACGGUCGCAGCUACACGGGCGGGGGAACCCCUGUAAUCAGAGAGAGGACCAACAGGGAGAAGAGGUGGUCGAUGGAGUCCUUCGCGUCACUGGCUUCGGCCACUCACGAUGGAGGACAUCUCUAUAGCAACCAUCACAGGCUCUUUCAAUGGCAGAUGCCCUUCACUGUCAAGUGCAUUGGGACCUUCAAAGGACAUAAAGGAACCAUUUGGUCGCUACUGGCCCACUCCAACUGGCUGUUCAGCAGUAGCAGUGACGGGACCAUCAAAGUGUGGGACACUGCAGACCUACGCAAGGGCUGUGUGAGGACAGUGACUGCCCACAAAGACUGUGCGAUAUCGCUGGCUGUCUGUAGAGGUGUCCUGUAUUCCAGUGGAACCGAUUUAGCUCUUCGUUCGUGGCACAUUGACACCAUGGAGGAGGUUGGAGCUGUGCUGAAAGCGCAUGACAGUAUGAUCAGUGCCAUGAUCUGCAGCAAGCAGUCCCUCUUCACUUCCUCGCUAGGCUGCAUCAAGGUGUGGGACCUGAUAUCACUGAAGGAGAUCCACAGAAUCAACAACAUCUCACAGUCUUGGAUCAGAGCCCUCGCCUAUGACAAGAGAUCGGUUGGUUCCAAGGAAAAUCGGGCAACUAACGUCUCCCUGCUCUUACCCAACAUAGGACUACUUGUACAGCACCACAAACAACAGACUCCACGUCUGGAGAGCCAGCGACGAUUUCGGCCUCGUCAAAGAGGUGGAGACUCAUUUCGGGGCCAUCUACUCGCUGGGGGUGACCCACAAGUUCCUGGUGACGGGGACCCACAGUCGGAACAUCCAGGUGUACGACAGAGGCAGUCUGAGUCACCACUGCACUCUCAACGGACACAUCGGCAUCGUGACUGUUCUGAGAGUUACAGAGUCGCCGGUCGGCGUCUUCAUGUUCUCAGGAUCAUCUGACAAUACCGUCCAGGUGUGGAAUCUUGAGAACAUGUUGCCGAUUCUGGCUCUCCAGCGACACGAGAAGCCAGUCCAGGCCCUCGCCAUCUGUCAGGACUCUGUCUUCACUGGCUCCGAGGACAUGGAGAUCAAGGUGUUUCGACAUUUCAAACUUUGACCACUACCCCACAGACCCACCUCACAACUCUCAACCACUACCCCUACAUUGUGUCUAUUUUUGUACAAUCUCUUCAGUUUAUUCAGUCACUAGUUUAUUAUGGGAUGUAUUUCUAUAGUAGUUUUGAGUCAUGUUAUUGCCUCUGAUUGGCAUUCUGGCACAAUCAGUUGCACCGAGUUAUACAACAUAUACAUAUAAUUUAUACACACACCAACACAAAUUUCUAACUAUUUUGCAACUCUCGGAAUUGUCCAAGGAAUGGUGUGUUGUUGAUUUGGGUGUGCGAGUGCAACUGCACAUGUGCGUGCUGAUUCUUGCAUGAGAUCGACUUGUGGACUGUUAGUUUAUUGUCAGCCGGUGUGGUGGUGUCUUGUACUGGUGAUGCAGCGAGUGCCAGCGAGACUGGAGGUUGAGCUGGGCGGGGUAGAAGGAGAAAUGCUGGGCUAGGAGACUGUAGCUGCUGCCCAGUAGACUCCCCAGCACUGCUCCACAGCAGCACGGUAUUGGCCACACCUGCCAUGGUCUGUUCCAGUCCAGAGGGAUUGGUACCGCACCGAUCCAUGCUCCUAGCAGAGUCGACAUCACCAUUACAUACAGCCCUCUCUCUGCACUGUUGAUGAAUAUUCUGUCCAGGAGGACUCUUCUCCACGUCUGGUGCUCCGUGUCCAGUAGAGCCACCACUGGUACAGAGGUCAGAGAGGUCAUCAGCAGAGCCCACACCACAGUCCCUACCAGCUGCCUGAAUGGGUCGGCUCCUAGUAAUGUUCCUACUAUCACAUAUAUCGUUGUCGAAGCCAGUAGCACUUGCAGGAAGGAGCUCCCCUUUGUAAGGAGUAUCUGCGGAGAGGAGAGCAUCAUUAGGG